AUGUCAGGCGGUGCACCCCUCCCUGAACCCACCAAAGAACCCAUCCUGAGCAUUUCCGACCUCAAAGAAGCAGCAGACCGUAAACUCCCAUCACUAGUUCGUGAGUUCUACAACAGCGGCUCGACGGAUCAGCGCACCAUCGCCGCAAACUCCGAUGCGUUCACAAAAUAUCAUCUACGGUCGAGGGUACUGGUGAAUGUGCGGGGGUUGGAUACUUCUACUACGGCGCUGGGGAGGAAGGUCAGGUUUCCUGUUGGGUGUGCGCCAGCGGGAAUUCAGGGUAUGGCGCAUGAGGAUGGAGAGUUGGCUACGGCUAGGGCGGCGGGGAGGUGGGGUGUGAAUAUGGGGGUGAGCAGUUUUGCGAGUUAUGCUGUUGAGGAGGUUAUAGAUGCUGGGAAAGGGGUGGUAGAGACGUUGGAUUCUGGGGGAAUGGGAGAAGUGGUAGGAAGUGCGUAUGCGAUGCAGCUUUACCCUAUGCGUGACCGAGCACUACAGGAGAGGAUUGUGAAACGUGCUGAAAAAGCAGGGUGUACAGCUAUUUUCCUGACAGGAGAUAGUCCUGUGCUUGGAGUGCGGUACAACGAGUGGCGAAAUGAUUUCCGCACGCCUGAAGGUAUUGGUUUCCCUAACAUGGAGAGGACGAGUAGGCAGAUCAGGGAGAGUACGCAUGAUGAUGGGUUUGCGAAGAUGAAUGACGACUCUGCGGCUUGGACGACGGAGAUCAAGUGGUUGAAGGAGAGGACCAAGAUGAAGAUUUUUGUGAAGGGUGUAAUUUGUGGGGAGGAUGUUAGGGCCGCAAUCGAGUCGAAUGCUGAUGGUGUUAUCGUUUCAAAUCAUGGUGGAAGGCAGUUGGAUGGUGUUCCUGCGACUAUCGACGUACUCGAGGAAUGUGCCGCUGCCGCUGAGGGUAAGAUUGAAGUUCAUAUGGAUGGUGGGGUUAGGAAAGGCUCGGACAUAUUUAUUGCAGUUGCACUGGGCGCCAAAUGUGUUUAUGUUGGAAGACCAGUCUUGUGGGCUUUGGCUUAUGGUGGUCAGGCAGGGGUUGAGCGGAUGCUAGAGGUUUUCGGACAUCAAUCGAAACUGCUUGGCUCGCAUGGGUCUAGAUGGUGUGUUGAGACCCCUGAGGCGAGAAAGCAGACUAUAAUUUCAAAUCUCGAGGAAGCAACAGCCGGUCUGUGGGGAAUGGUUCUAAGAGAUGAGCAUUAUCAAGAUUUUCUCUGGACCUUCAUACCAGACUUCAUGACAGGUGCUCAUCAAGAACUCGAGUACAAUAGCAAUGACGAUAUCUGGAUAUACAAUAUUUACAGCCUCAAAGGCAAUCACGAAUUAGUUCGAGAUCAGAAAGCAAGAAAUUCGAACGGAGAACAUAUGCGUUGGUAA